AUGAUCAGAAGCAACUCGUUCACUGAACUCCAAAACAAACUGACUGACAUCUCAGGACCAGAUGGUGGCCUUCAAGACCCUCGGCUUGUGAGCCAAUUCGUCCAACUUAUGGAAUCUGCUUCUUCCACCGAAGAAAAAUCUAUCCUCAUUCAAAGUCUCCUCGAAACGAAAGAAAACUCAAAAGCUGUAUACAACAGAUUCUUCACUCCUUUCUUUAAGAGUAAAAACAAACCUUCAAAAAAUGCCUAUGUUGGUAAAAUAAACGCAAAAAAAUUUUUUUUACAUAAAAAAUUUCUAUAUAUUUUUUAUAAUAAUUAUUUCAAUAGCAAGAUAUCUCGCAAUUCUAUUAUUAUAAUAGACAUUUUGCAUUAAAUGUAAAUUUUAGAUUUUUCUAUUCAAAUAUAUUUACAUAUUACGAUUUUUUUAAAAAUCCAAAAACAAUCGUUAUUAAGUAAUUUAGCAUAGUUUUUUAAACCUCUUAGAAGAGAGCAAAAACUCUUGUUCAUACUUAAGGGCGAGUUAGCGUAGGUGGCAUUGAAACCCUCGGCAAAUGAAUCAAUGAACUAGUUCAAAGCUCUAACUCCGAAGAAAUUUCAGUACUGCAUCGGAUUUUAUACCUAUCUAUAAUUAUUUAAAAAUAUUUCAUAUUUCUGUCAUUUCUUAUAAUAAAUAGAUAAUUAAUACCUCAAUUAUUAUAAAUGGUAUAUCUUGCUUAAACAAAAUUGUCGUAAAUUUAGAUAUCCUUGAAAGAACUAAAAUAUAUAAAGCAGUAAAAAGUAUAUGUAAACAUUCUGAUAUUAAUUUACAAACUAAAGCAGGAGCUUUGAGAAAAAAAUGAAAAGAAAUGAAGCAGCCUAUUGAAGCUAAGCCAAAUCCAAUUCCUAGUGAUGUUGUAGCUGAGCUGCCAGCUAAGCAUCCUAGAGAAGAAACUUUGGAAGAAACUGAAAUUAUGGAAAAUAAAAAUGAUAAUGAUGAAGAUUAUUCUCUUAAAAGACAUGUGAGGUAUGUUUUAUAUAAUAAGGAACUUAAACUAAUUAUAAUAGAUUUGAUGAAGACCGCUUAG